UUCUGGAAUCAGAAUAUUGUUGUUUAGUUAAAAAGUUGCCAAGUAUCUUGGUAUAAUUCUGGGAUCUAGAGGUUUAAUUUUUAGUUGGCUGCUAGAAAGUGUAAGAGAUGGAUUUUUUGAAAAUUAAGAAGUUUAGGAAAGUCCACAAGCCAGAUCCUGAGAAGGGUUUGGCGGAUAAUAAUGUGACACAACCAGAAGAACCGAAGAAUGAUAAUGGUGGUGGUGACAUUGGUGUAAAUGGAUCUUCCAAACCUGCUCUUACUGCAGCCGACGUCGAGGAUGACGAUGAUGAUGAUUUUAUAACGAAUGAGGUGAAGAGGAGAUUGAAAGAACUAAGAAGAAACAGUUUUAUGGUGUUGAUUCCGGAGGAGGAAGAAGAGGAGCUGUACCUCGAGGACGAAGCUGAGGCUGGUGAAACCAGCUCGAGUGAGUGGAGGGAUGUGGAAGCAGAAGGCAGACAAUGGUGGGGUGGGUUUGAUGCCGUUUAUGAAAAGUAUUGCGAGCGAAUGCUGUUCUUUGAUAGGAUAAUUGCACAGCAGGUCAAGAAUGCUGGCUCUAUAAAUCCUUCACCAAAAUCUGGAUCUAAGAAACUUGCAUCACCUCUUAGUUGCCUUUCCUUGAAGAAGAUCGAAGAACCCGAUGAAGAAACCAGGCACAUGCAGCAAUCAACGAAUGAUCCGUAUCAUGACCUUGAGGUAGCAUAUGUAGCUCAAAUUAGCUUAACAUGGGAAGCAUUUCAUUGCCAAUACACACAACUUAGCCAAUUAGUUUUGUGCCAACCCGAUAAUCCCGCUAGUUACAACCACAGUGCUCAGCUCCUUCAACAGUUCCACGUCUUAUUACAAAGGUUCAUCGAAAAUGAACCUUUUCAGGAUGGUCCUAGAGCUGAAAUAUAUGCCCGUGCUAGGCAUGUUUUGCCUAAGCUGCUUCAAAUUCCAAACAUACAAGGUUUGGAUCAAAAGGCUAAGGUGGAAGAUGAAUCAGAUUAUUUGGUCUUUGCUCCUGAUAUCAUCAGGAUUAUUGAGAGCGUAAUCCUUACAUUCCAUCUGUUUGUAAAAAUUGACAAGAAAAAACAUACUUUGUUCGGAAAUCAGAAUCCGAUGGCUACCCCUCUUCAACAAGUUAAAUCUUUAUUAGAAAAGAAAGGGAUGAAGCUGAAGGAACUGCGUAAAAAGAGGAAAGGGUGGAAAAAGAAAUCCUGGCCACUAACACCUGAAGAUGUUCCGUUGUUGUUUGGUCUCAUUGACGUCAAGAUUAUAUCCCGGGUUCUCAGAAUGGAAAAGAUCAGUAAAGAGCAGUUGUUCUGGUGCGAAGAAAAGAUUAAAAAACUAGAUCUGUGCGACGGGAAGUUGCAGAGAGACCCGUCACCCAUCCUCUUCCCAUGCUGAUUGCUGUUUGAUCAACAGAGCGGUUUAAUGGACGGAUAGCUGCUGAAAGACCCCUACUGAUUUUCUCCAGGGAAUGCUGUUAACAUGCUGCAUUGCCGUUUUUCCGGUUUUUGUUGAUUAAACUACUUGUAAUCUACUGAUCUGUUCAAUGACACUAGUAACCGAAAUUUUCGAAAAGUAGAGUGGCCUUGCUGCAAUAUUUUCCCAGGUAACUUUAGUUGUCCAUUAAGCAAGUAUUGUGUUUAAGUUGUAUUUAGGACAUUUGAACUUGAUCAACCUU